AUGCCGAGAGAAUCUCUGACUAGAAAAAGGAAAACUGCUGUUCUGCAGAACAACGUGGCCGUAGGAAAGAAGGCUAGACGAAGUGAAUCACAGGUAUGGAUGUUUUCAUAACGAUUUUCUACAUUAUUUCAAUGAGGGUCUCCAUUUGUCAGUGAUUUGUUAUAUAACUAGUAAAUUUUGUUUACAGGAUGCUGAGGAGCAGCUACAGUCUCAACCAGGGCGUCCAGCUAAUUACAGAUCCAAAACGGUUAGGAAAGAACAAUGCAAGGCAAUGAGAGAGCAGCGAUGGAGUGAUAAAGUUAGAAAUGAAAUAAGUUUAGGCAAUACAGCCGACAAUGUUCCGGAGGGACCCACCUUGAGAUCAAGUCUGCCGUACACAAAAGCUGUAAACAUGGAUCAGUGUUAUGUGGUUAAUUUGGAAAUGCUAACAACCGCUUUGAGCGAGUGUGUGAAUUGUAAACAAGGACCCCUAGAUUUACGUAAUAGUUUUAAUGUUCGCCCGGAAGGAGUGUGUCCAGUACUAAAAGUUAAAUGCACACAAUGUGAGUUUAUUAACAUCGUACGCCCGGCCGAGCAUCAUCGUACUGGAAAAAAGAGGCCCUCCCACCUUCGACGCUAA